CUGGUUUUUAAGUCUCCAUGACGCCUCAGAAGAACGUGGUUGAGCCUCUAGUGAGUGCAAUAAAAUCUUCAGCCCAAAAAAAUGCUGCGAGUUUUCACUUUCCUGGGCACAACAGAGGGAACGCUGCACCUGCUUCCAUGACUGGACUUAUCGGAAGAACAGCCUUUGUUCAUGACUUGACUGUGCUUCAUGAGCUUGGCAAUCUCUUUUGUCCCUACGGUCCCAUACUAGAAGCACAGGUUGAAGCAGCAAAACUGUUCGGAUCUUCACACACAUGGUUUCUUGUCGGAGGUACAACAUGUGGAAUCCAAGCAGCCAUAAUGUCGACAUGUUCUCCGGGGCAAGUUCUCAUUCUUCCUAGGAAUUCUCAUAUAUCAGCCAUAUCUGCAUUGGUAUUGUCUGGUGCAGUGCCUAAGUACAUCAUUCCUCACUUUCUCGAUCAUUGGGACGUUGCUGCUGCUAUCACCCCAUCUCAGGUAUCGAAAGCCAUCCAGGAGCUAGAAAUGGAAGGGAAAAAAGCAGCAGCAGUGUUCAUCACUUCACCAACUUAUCAUGGUCUUUGCAGUGACUUGACCACCAUUUCUGAGCUCUGUCACUCUCAUAAAAUCCCUUUGAUCGUGGACGAAGCUCAUGGCGCACACUUUGGAUUUCAUUCAAAACUACCCAAAUCAGCUCUCCACCAAGGUGCUGAUCUUAUCGUGCAGUCCACUCACAAAGUUCUAUGCUCUCUUACUCAGUCAUCCAUGCUGCACAUGUCAGGCAACAUUGUAGACAAGGACAAAGUUUCUAGGUGUCUCCGAACUCUCCAAACCACAAGCCCUAGUUUUCUGCUUCUGGCAUCCCUUGACGCUGCCAGAGCUCAAAUCAGUGAGAACCCUGAUUCUGUAUUCAACCGAGCAAUUGCAUUAGCCGAUGAAGCAAAGCGUGUGCUAAAACAAAUCCCUGGAAUCUCAGUACUUGAGAGUUCAAGCUUUCCAGCAUCUCCCGCAGUUGAUCCAUUGCGUCUCACUGUAGGGUUUUGGAAUCUUGGAUUAUCAGGUUCCGAAGCAGACGAAAUCUUAUACAAGGAUUACGAAGUCAUCUGUGAACUCAUUGGGAAUAGAUCUAUUACUUACGUGCUUAAUCUUGGGACUUGCAGGGAGCAUGUCCACAGGCUUGUGUUGGGUAUAAAGCGUUUGGCUGCAACACAUGGUUCCAUUUCAAAACCUGAGAAGAAAAUGGUGAAUAAUGUUCAUGCACCCUUUGAUGAUAUAACGAUGAGUAUGAUCCCCAGAGAUGCGUUUUUUGCAAGUAAAAGGAAAGUGGCAAUAAGAGAGAGCAUUGGUGAGGUUGCAGGGGAGCUUAUAUGUCCGUACCCUCCUGGUGUACCAGUGUUGAUCCCUGGUGAGGUUGUAACUGAAAAGAUUGUUGAUUAUCUGCUUCAUGUUACGAGUAAAGGAGCUGAAGUUAAUGGAGCAUCUGAUUCCUCGCUUUCUUCGAUACUUGUUUGCGGUAAAUUAUGAGCGGGGAAGGAGCACGCUUAAGCUAAAACUUUCCGAAGUGGUG